AUGUUUGUUUUUCGCAGAGAUGCCUUGCCCAAGGAUCCUGUCUUUCCUGCUGACCUGAAACAGCUUGGAUACUUCAUAAAUGAAAGGGACCAGAUCAAAAUGAUUACAAACCCAGAAGAAGAUUUUCUCUACAAAAUUAAUGCCAAUGAUCGCUACAAUGUGAUGCAGAAAGAAGCUAUGAAUACAUGUAUCCGAGAAAUUGUCACCUCUCGUCUGGUCAAUCUAGGUUUUGAAACCCUCCGCCUUCCAAUCGGCGCAGCAGCAAAUUCCCAACAUGUUCCCAUCCUAACCUCCAAGUCCUUUAAGUCCCAGGCCCGCCUCAUCGUGGUUUUUGGCGAACCAACACAAGAAUUGGGCAUCUGGGCCUAUCGCGUCAUUGGCAAGGAGGGCAUCAACAUCGGCUCUGCUGUGAAUUUUGCUUCUGCUGUCCUGGGGAACAACAACUGCUCCAAUGGCCCUAAAACUGAUGUGAACAGACUCACUAACUCUAAACCGCAGCCAGGAACAGGGCUCAUUCUGACAAAUCCCGGCCAGUUAGUAUGGCACUGCGCCAACGAACGGGCUAUUUCUCUGCCAAUGUGGCAUGCGCUUCCCAGACGCAGUGCCGUCGAGCCGCCAAUGCGGAUGACUUUCCGGAAUAAGAUUCCCGGAAAUGAGACGUGGCAGAAUCACAUUACAUACGUGUUUGAGGAAGUGUUGGGGAAACUGGCGGCGUCGGAUGUGAAGAUUGAUGUCAUUGGGUUGGCGGAGGGGGGAUUGGGUGCUGUACGAUAUUUGGCUGAACACUGGAGCGCCUGGAAGCCCCGUAUCUCCUCUCUCUGCCUCACCAACCCACUACACGACACGAACCACCUCCACCCACCCGACUUCGCCAACUUCAUUUCCACGCGCAGCCGCGCCUACUUGCUCUCGGAGAAGCCACUUGACACUCCGGUCGUCGGCCGAUAUGAGCAUGGCUGCAACUGCUACUCCUCAGGAGAAGCAUUGAAUGUCGAAUGUAUCAUACCGAGGGCGUGGGAGAGUAUGCUGAGAUGGCUGGAUUCUAUGUUCGAGGAUCCGGGAUUGGAGGAGAUUGGUGUUAUUGUUACGUAG